GACCAAUCAUAAUCGACUAUUACAAGUAUAAUCUAUUGUGAUUGAUCUUUUUUUAUUCUUAUUGCUGUUGCCUGGCAUUGUGCAAGGGGCUUUACUCCUGCUAAGCAAGAAUGGUGAAAAAAUACAUACGGAAAACACCCGUGAACGAACGGGAAAUGACUGAACAGGGUGCCGCUUCCGCGAGUUCUCCGCCGUAUUCGAAUCCGAAUGAUCAGCCGCCGCCGCUUAAUCCUAAUCUCAACGUCGGAGCAUACGAAAUCCACGGAGGAGCAAUGGAGGAACAACGACGGAUGAUGAACGACAGUAACGAGCAUCGUCGAGUCGAGUACCUGGAGACUCCCAUUAAGUCGGAGAAUGACAAAAAAGAGUACAGGGUUAUCAAACUGCAAAAUGGUUUGAUAGCUGUGCUAAUAUCUGACAUGAAAUCAGGCGCUCAACAAGAUGAAGAUAAGGAGAAAGCAACUAGUGCACAUAUGUCCAAAGAUGAUCAAAGUGAUACAGAUAUGGAGGAUGAAUCUGAAGAUGAGGAUGAUGAAUUUGAAGAUGAAGAUGAUGAAGGAAGCUUUGAUGAAGAUGAGGAAUCUGAUGAAGACGAAUCUGAAGAUGAUGUAUUACCUAGAGGAAACAAGACGGGAGAUAGGAUGGUGGCAUGUGCAAUGUCUGUAGGAGUAGGUACUUUCAGUGACCCACCGGAAAUACAAGGCUUGGCGCAUUUUUUAGAGCAUAUGAUCUUCAUGGGAUCGCAAAAGUAUCCAAAGGAAAAUGACUUUGAUGCCUAUGUUAGCAAAUAUGGGGGACACUCUAAUGGGGUAACUGGACUCGAGCUGACAACAUUUAAUUUCUGUAUACAAAAGGAUAACUUGAAACCCGCCCUCGAUCGUUUUGCUCAAUUCUUCAUCAACCCACUGAUGAAAAGGGACUCAAUCACACGCGAGCGAGAAGCUGUGGAAAGCGAAUUCCAGAUGGCCUUGCCCAGCGACACAAACAAAAAGUUACAGUUACAAAGCAGCUUUGCUUGCGACAAUCAUCCGGUGAGGAAAUUUAGUUGGGGCAAUAUGACGACAUUGCGCGACAAUGUGAGCGAGGAUAAAUUGUACGAGGAGUUGCACAAGUUCAGAGAACGUCACUAUAGUGCUCACAGAAUGAAAUUAGCUAUACAGGGAAAAUUACCGUUGGACACGCUGGAAGAAUACGUGGUCGAGUACUUUUCUGAUAUACCGAAUAAUGGGUUGCCAGCCGAUGAUUUUAGCGAAUUCAAAGGUGUCAAGUCGUUCGAUACUCCGGCUUUCCGAAGGAUGUACAAAAUCAAACCAAUUAAAGACUUAUGCAGUGUUGAAAUAACAUGGGUGAUGCCUUCAAUAGUUGAACACUAUAAGACUAAACCCGAUGAAUAUUUAACAACAGUUCUUGGCAAUUGCGGUCAAGGUUCGUUGAUGAGUUAUCUGCGCCAGAAACUAUGGUGUAUCGCUAUCAUUUGUGAUCAUGAAGAAGAAUUCGAAGACAACUGUUUGUACAGUUUGUUUUAUAUGAAUAUCGUGCUCACUGAUGAAGGACACGAACACUUGGAGGAAGUACUUGAUGCUGUAUUUUCUUAUAUCAAUCUGGUCAAGAGGGAAGGCCCACAGAAGAUUUUGUAUGACGAAAAUCAACACAUUGUAAACACCAACUUCAGAUUUUUAGAGGAAACAGAGGCCGAGGAAUACGUGGUGGACAUGGUUGAGACCAUGUUCUAUUAUCCACCGCGGGAAUACAUAAUCGGCAACUUCCUGCUCUACGAGUAUAAUGCAGACCUGAUAAAGCAAUAUCUGGACUAUUUGGCACCGGAUAACAUGAACAUAAUCGUCUACAACAAAAUGUACAACGAGCAGGAGUUUGACAAGUUGGAGCCCUGGUUCGUGACUAAGUACACGGACACCGAAAUAUCGCCGGAGUGUAUUAAACGCUGGAGUACCAUCGAGCCGUAUUCAUAUUUCUCUUUGCCGCUUCCGAACAUGUUCCUCGUUAACGACUUCUCCAUGGUGUCAUUGCCGGAAAAAGUACCUGACUAUCCUGAGAAAGUAUACAGCGACAAGUUAUUGAACAUAUGGUAUCGACCGGAUCCCACGUUCGGUCUACCUAUUUGUUACAUGUCAUUAUAUUUCAUCUCAGACGUGCCAUACAAGUCGGUAAAAAACUCAGUUCUUAUGGAUCUAUAUGUCAUGAUUUUGAACCAAAUGCUGAUUGAAGAUCUAUAUCCAGCUGUAGCGGUGGGAUAUAAUUAUGAUAUCGAAACUCUCGAACAUGGUGCUCUAUUGCGUAUGGAUGGCUUCACUGAGAAACUUCCGCUUGUACUAAUGAUGAUCGUAAAGCGAAUGGUGGAUUUCCCGAAUCUCAUCACGAAGGAUCUAUUCGAAAUUAUGAAGAUGUAUCUGGCCACACAGUACUACAAUUCCCUACUGGAUCCCAAGAACAUCACCACCACUAUAAGGUUAACGGUAUUGAUGCAAGUCUACCGCACGGAUAUUCAGAAACACACCGCCAUACGGGAUGUCACUUUCGGCGAUCUUCUGGAGUUUGUCAAGUCCUACUUGAGUCACCUUUACAUUCAGUGCCUGGUGCAAGGUAACAUGACGCAGAAUGACGUUGUUGAGAAGAUACGAGAACCCGUCGGGAUGUUCCAAUGCGAAUCUUUAGAGCUCAGUAAGAAGCCACAGCCGAGAAUCAUGCAAUUACCAGUGGGUACGCGCUACUGCAAAGUGCGGAACUUUAACGAAACCGACGUGAACUCCGUAGUGUCAAAUUAUUAUCAACUUGGAGUUGAGUCGGACGAAGGAAGCGCGAUGAUCAAUUUGCUGUUGUUAAUGAUGGAGGAACCAAUGUUCCAUCAACUUAGAACCAAGGAACAGCUCGGCUACGACAUUCACUGCAAAGACAAAAACACCAACGGGAUCUUGGGAUUCUACAUCAGAGCUUUUAUACGGGCGACCAAGUACACGACGGAAUACGUGGACGAGCGGAUCGAAGAGUUCUUGAAGUCGUUCGCCGAGACUCUGGAGAAAACCACGCAAGAAGAGUUGGACACGUUCAAGGAGACGCUGAAGAAGAGGAAGCACUCCGUCGAUGUUCAUCUGAAGCAAGAAGUUGACAGGAAUUGGAACGAGAUCGAGACGGAAUACUACGUGUUUGAUAGAUACCACAGGGAAUUAAAUGCGCUGCAGCACAUAGGAGUCGACACGCUGCGAGCAUGGUACGCGCAGCAUGUGCAGAACGGACCCAACUUCCGGAAACUGAGUAUACACGUGGUCGGGAAGGCGAAUAUUCCCGACAGCCAUGUCAGUCCUGAACCUGAAGAAAGGGGAUCUAUGGAAUUCACUAAUGAUGCUGAGGAUCGCAGAAUGGCAAAGUUCUCUCUGGAAUAUAUAAUUGAGCAAAUGAGCGAAGAGAAGCGAAAGAAUUAUAUCGACGAUUUAGAAGACUUCAAGAAACAGCUUCCUAUGUUCCCAAUGAAAUGUGAUAAAUUAUAAUGCUAACUCCUCUCUAUUUUUUAGGUCCUCACAGCGCCGACUGUCGCGUAAAAUAAACGAUAGUGCAAUGUAACGAAGACACCGCGGUGUACAUUUGCAAGUGUAUCCCUUUGGGUCUAACUGCCAAAACGUUUCAUCUCUCUCAAUAAACCAAAAUUACCGUUGCGAUUAAUGCUUUCGAGAACAUUUUGCAUAUCGCGAAGUGAAUAUUCUUUUAGUUAAUUUUUUAAAUUGCAGAAGCAAACGAGCAAAUUUUACACGCAAUUGAUAUACUUUAUCGUAUUGUUAUAUAUAUAUAUGUACAUCAUUAUUAACCUGUAUGACGUCAAAAUAUAAAGUACUACGAAUAGGAUAAACUUGAAUAAAGUUACUCAAAAGACA